AUGGAGAGCACUCAGAUUGUUUCAAUUGUCGCGCUCAUAGUCUCAAGUACUGCUCUCAUUUGGAGUACGCUCCAACUAAUCCAUUCGUACCUUAGCUCUGCGAAGGGAUACUCGAAAAUCAAUGAGAAGGUGAUGCCCAAAUGGGACGUGUAUAAAAGCCGCGUCUUCCUCUGGGACCAAUUCAGAUUUCAAGUCAACUUUUAUACGCCAGUUCUUGUAGUCUGCCCCCCAAAAAACAAAGAGUUCCCUAUAAGGGAUGCCGACGGAAAAUCAGAAGGUUCGCAAGGCUAUUCUUUCAUUGGGGGUUCUAAGAACACCGACCUGAUACCCUCUGUCGACGAUCGUGGGCCUGCCAUCCAUACAGUCAACAAUGAAAGAGCGACAUGGAUUACGCUGUUAUCGGUCAUCCACGAGAUGGAAACGACGAGUUCCAGGUGGGAGACCGAACAGUUCAGCCGUAGCCCGCCAUCGUCUUGUACUCUCCCAAAAUUUGACGACCACACCUUGGCUGUUGCUAUCCAACGAAAGCAAAGGAGCUGGGAUGACAUGCCCUCGAGUAUCACCAAGCCUUACGCAACCACUACCAUAUGCCAUAUCAUUGAGAUUGCCGCAAUGUUAGGGAUACAUUGGAAGGAGUUCGAUCGCUCAAAAGACAUAUUCCUUGCUGAAGGCAAUGGCCUUGUUUUCAAGGCCACUAGCGUCACAGAAUUGGGCACAGUCUUUACAUUUCAAGUCUCUGGGAAAAGCGAAUUUAAGGACGGGCGCAUCAUUCCUGUUGAUUCCGUCAAGGAGUUAGCUUUCGGCUUUGUCUCAACCUUGUACCGCAAAACUAAAGAUCUAAGGCGGGUGGUGCUGCCUACUGAGGAAGCAAAGGACCUCGCUACUCUACAAUUGGGUACUACUAAUGAGUUUGCGGAAACGUUGGUCUCGUUUGGAUGCAACACGGAAACCUCGAAGUGUAUACGAGAUAACGACAAAAGACAUGGUCAUCUUUAUCCCUUGGCAUUCGAGAUACUGGGAAUGCUGGGGAAGAUCUUUCACGUUAAGAAGGGUUUUUUCCGAGUACUACCUAACCCCACUUUCUACCAUUGGAACCGACAGUACUUCAGCCUUCCUAGCUUAUUGCUAGCCUAUAAGAGGAACAUCGGCGGAGAGUGUUCCUCUAAUAAGCAUUUGAACCGUUUGCAGACCCGAGUCGAGAAUGUGGAAAGAGUGAUCCAUCAAACUCAACCUUCGUUUUCCGCAGCUCUGCUCGACGCCCUCCACGAAGCGUUAGAGUUGUGUGAUAAGUUUCUCACGCAAAAGGUCCCCCGCGAGAAAGUAGGACUCGUCUUGCGGACGCAUAUUCAGGUAGUGCUAUCAAUGUUGAACGAAACCGAAAGGGGCCCUACACUGGACCGCUCCUGGGUUCUCCGUUCUUCCACGGAAACCGCAGGCAACAUGCCUGCCUUUGCUAGUCUCGAUGGAAAACCACCAGAAUCCAAGCAGGAUGAGCUGAUUAAUAUCUACUUUACCAAGGUCCUCCCAAAGAUCAACGGCGUGGAUCCCGGUUUACCACCGCUGACCAGUGGGCCAGAGGUCGAGACGAAUAUAUGGCUCCCUGUCUACGUUAUAUAA